CAGACUGUUUCCAUCUCUAGCACCAGCCGACGCGCUUGCAAAAAAAAAAAGUCGAAAAAAUUAUUUUCUUUUCACUUUAACGCUGGCAAUUGGCUUGCUUCUACUAUAAGUGCAUUGUAAAGUGCUAGUUAAAGCACAUUGCGUUGUGUUAAACUUAAGAUCAGGAGUGAAGAGCGCAUACUUUGGGCAAUAGCAAGCGAGCUACAUUUUUUAUCCCGGCUUGUGCACGCGUUUUGCCGCUUUGGCUUUCAUUGUUUUGGCGCCCGAUUUUUCGACGCGUACCAAAUUUUUUCGUGUAAUUACACACAUUCGAAAUGGUGGAUCGCAGUGAUAAUGCGGCCGAAUCUUUCGACGAUGCCGUCGAGGAGCGUGUGAUCAAUGAAGAGUACAAGAUAUGGAAGAAGAAUACACCGUUUCUGUACGAUUUGGUCAUGACACACGCUCUGGAAUGGCCCUCGCUGACCGCGCAGUGGCUGCCCGAUGUGACCAAGCAGGACGGCAAGGAUUACUCGGUGCAUCGCCUCAUUUUGGGGACACACACAUCGGACGAACAGAAUCACUUGCUGAUCGCCAGCGUGCAGCUGCCCAGCGAGGAUGCCCAGUUUGAUGGCUCGCACUACGACAACGAGAAGGGCGAGUUUGGUGGCUUUGGUUCUGUGUGUGGCAAAAUCGAGAUUGAGAUUAAAAUCAAUCACGAAGGCGAGGUGAACCGUGCUCGUUAUAUGCCACAGAAUGCUUGCGUUAUUGCCACCAAAACCCCUUCGAGCGAUGUCCUGGUGUUUGACUACACAAAGCAUCCCAGCAAACCGGAGCCAUCCGGUGAAUGUCAGCCAGAUCUGAGGCUUCGCGGCCACCAGAAGGAGGGCUAUGGCCUCUCCUGGAAUCCCAACCUGAAUGGUUACUUGCUGUCCGCCUCCGAUGAUCAUACCAUCUGCUUGUGGGACAUCAAUGCAACACCCAAGGAGCAUCGCGUGAUCGAUGCCAAGAACAUUUUUACUGGUCACACCGCUGUCGUUGAGGAUGUGGCCUGGCAUUUGCUGCACGAGUCGCUCUUCGGUUCCGUGGCCGAUGAUCAGAAGCUCAUGAUCUGGGACACGCGCAACAACAACACCUCAAAGCCAUCGCAUACCGUCGAUGCCCAUACGGCCGAAGUCAAUUGUUUGAGCUUCAAUCCCUAUUCGGAGUUCAUCUUGGCAACGGGCUCCGCUGACAAGACUGUGGCACUCUGGGAUUUGCGUAACCUGAAGCUGAAACUACAUUCCUUCGAGUCGCACAAGGACGAGAUCUUCCAGGUGCAGUGGUCGCCCCAUAACGAGACCAUUCUCGCCUCCUCCGGCACCGAUCGCCGCUUGCACGUUUGGGAUUUGUCGAAAAUUGGCGAAGAGCAGAGCUCUGAGGACGCCGAAGAUGGACCGCCCGAGCUGCUCUUCAUCCACGGCGGCCACACGGCCAAGAUCAGCGACUUCUCAUGGAACCCCAACGAGCCCUGGAUCAUUUGCUCCGUGUCUGAGGACAAUAUCAUGCAGGUGUGGCAAAUGGCGGAGAACGUGUACAACGACGAGGAGCCGGAGAUACCCGCCUCCGAGUUGGAAACAAACACCGCUUAAAGCAUACAAAUAUUUUCCCACACGACCAAUUUUACGUUUUUUGUCUGCGCCUGCUCCCUGAGGUCUGGCGGCAGUGCGCUAUAAAUCUUAAUUUAUAUAUAUUACAUAUUUUUAAAUCGCAUUAAGGUCCACCACACACACUCUCUGUCAAAAAGCAAACGUAUGUUGUACGAAUCUUUAAUUAAAACCGGCCUAAAAACAA